CAAAAAGCCGGCAAAGUACGGAGUCUCUCGCCGUUGGGGCGUGCCAGCUCGGACCAGGACUUCACAAAGUGCCAUGCGGACUUUCCCAGCGCCGGCGCAUAUUCAACACUCUUGUACUUUUCAUUGACACUACACAAUUCCGCACGCGCGUUGAUCUGCUACAAUCAUCUUCCGCAUACACAAACAAGGGCCACCAACAUUCUCUGCCGGCGAACGUCUUUGCGCCAAGGGCAGCCACAGGCCAACCCGUCACGGCAUAGCCUUCUGGGCUGCCUAGGUUCGAUGAGCUCUUGGCCGAUUCACCGAUUCUUCACCACUUGCGGACUUUAGCCCGAAUUCCAUUUCAAAAACGAUGGAGCAGCUUCUAGGGCGUGGCCCCACCCCAACGCUGCGGCGGGAAGGGUCCGCCAGUAUUGUCUUCUCACUCCCGACGAGAGAGCGCUCAACGUGCUCGGCUACCGACCAGGGCACUGACACUUCCUCCACAUCCUGUGAUGAUAUCGAGACUGAGCAGCAGACGAACGCCCGGCGCAUUACGCUGUGCAAGGCUGUGCUGAUGGAGGCAACGACAAACUACGCGACCACACCGGUCGUGGAGACGCAACUGCUUAAGUCAGCGGCUUGCAGGAACAGUGGGGCGCUGCUUCCGCUGCUGAGCAUGCUGGCCGCGGAGCAGGAGCCCUCCCGCUCGGUGCGCGCGUUGGAGACUCUGAGCUUCCUGCUGCUGGAUCGCAUGAACCGCCGCGCCUGCCUGGAGCUGCGCGCGCUGGACAUUCUGCUGGAUAUCCUGCGCCGCGCCACCGACCAGCAGGUGCUGCUGAGCGCGCUGGAGGCUCUGUGCAGCUUAUGCAAGCACGAUGCCCGGGACAAGAUGGCGCUGUGGCAGCAUUCUAACAAAGGCGCGCUGCUCACGAUGCUCAGCAACCGCCACAACAGUGCCGUGAUUGUUGAGACACUGCGCACCUGCCGCAUGCUCUGCUUUGCGCCCGGGACCGGGUGCGGCGGCGGCUGCGGGGCAGCCACUGGCGCUGCGGGCGAGGACGCCACCAACAACGCGACCGGCUCCGGCGCGUGUUGCGGCGGGUCCGCUGCCAGCGGCGACGAGCAGCACUCGGGCGAGCAGCGGCACGGCCACCACGGCCACCACCACCACCACAGCCACCACCACAGUCUGGGCCAGCAACUGCUGGAGCCGGCGCUGCUGACGGUGGCGGCGGAGCUGCUGCACCCCAACGCCGACGUGUGCGUGCUGCACAAGUCGCUCAAGCUGCUGCGGGACGCUUCCGCCAUCCUGGCCUGCGCCUCGGGCGCGCGCUGCCCUCAGGGCUGCUGGCACAACGCGGUGUUUCGCAUCGUGCCGCUGCUGACGCACUGCAGCGACGUGGAGGUGGUGGAGGCCGCGUUGACGGUCCUGGUGAACCUGUCGGAGCACAGCUUCAGCCACAACAUGCUGUUCGCGUCCGGCUGCAUCCCGCCGCUGCUGCACCUGCUCAGCCACAAGCGCUGCGCGGUCAGCCAGCAGGCCUCGUGCGUGCUGAGCGCGCUGGCGGAGGGCGGCCUGUCGCGCGACAAGCUGUGCCAGGACACGGCGCUGCUGGCGCUGCUGCGGGUGCUCAACGCUAACCACUGCGUCACCGUGACGCUGGGCGUGCUGUACAUGCUGGAGCGCCUGGCCUCGUACCGCGCCAGUGUGGUGCGCAGCCUCAAGGGCUGGGGCGCCGUGCAGCUGCUGCAGCGGCUGAUGGGAACAACGCAGGACGUGGAUGCGGCGGAGGGCUGCCGGCAGCUGCUCAAGUCGCUGGGCGUGGUGGUGCAGCCGCAUCAGCUGGCGGCGGCGGGGCUGCUGGGCGCGGCCGGCAGGCUGCAGGGUGCCGUGUCUGGCGGUGUUGCGGACGGCUUCGGCCUGUCGCCUGCGAGCUCGGGGCCGGUGCCGAUGCCGAUGCCGGUGUCGACGGCGCUGCACCUUGCGCACAGCAGCAUCAACGUGUUUGGCGACGCCUCCGGAACGGCGCGGCCGCCGGUAGGCGUGCCGGGCACCCUGUGCCGCACCAUCUCCGCGGCCGCAGCGGUCGUCUCGUCCGCGGCGGCUGCGGCGGCGGCGCUUGCGGAGAUUGAGGAGGAGGAGGCGUCGGCCAGCGGCGCCUUCGCCACGCUGCAGCACACCUCCACGCCCAUGCCCAUGCCUGUGGCCGAGGACACCACAGCAGCUGCUGGCGCCACCGGCGCCGGCACGCCUGCGACCGCAGCAGCUGGCCGCGGUCUGGGGCCCACGGUGAUCAGCACCACCGCCGGCGGCCACCCGCGCAUCAGCCGCGCGAACUUUCACAGCAGCUUCCGCUUCUACGGCGCCCCGGGUGCGGGUAUGGGUGUGGCCAUAUGCGCCCCUUCGCACGGCCCAAUCGCAGCCGCUGCCGCCGCGGUUGCGCCAUCUGCUGCGGCGUAUUAAGCGGCGGCCUGUGAAAGCGGCGUGCGCUGCAGAGGCCGGGGCAGCUUAACACAGGGGGCGUGUGCGUGUGAUCUAUUAUAUUAGGACUGCAGCAACUAAUGGACCCAGCACCAGCAGGGCACAGUGGCGAUGGCAACGGCAGCAGCAGUUGCAACAGAGCUCCAGGUUGCGUACGAAGAAAGAUUAACUCUUGCUCACUUAUACUCGGACGCGGACGGUGUCCGCGGCAACAUCAGGCACGCUGUACGGAAACCCUCGCGGCGGCCACCUAUUUGUUGUGCCGCCGCGCGCGUUUUCCUCGUGCCCACAUUGUUUGCUGCGGCGGUCUCGCGCGUUCGACACAUGGAACUGGCAGCCACGCCUGGUGGUGGCGGCUCCUUAUCCCUGGCCUCCAGCGCUGCGUGCAUGGCGCUCAUCCCAGCGUGCGCCGGGCUUUUGGCCAGGGGUGCCUGUUUUGGGCGCCAGGCGGCAAAGCGGUGCUCAGAGCGCGGCACCCAGAGGCCCACCACCUCCAGCCACCAGUCACAAUGGAGGGAGGGAUGGGGUGUUAGGUCUGGGGGCACAGGGCCGGCCUUCGAAGCAGGGGGCUGGGCAGCAUCAUGACGCACAAUCGUUGUGUAUGUAUGUGUGUGCUGCGGCGCGGGCGCGGGAACUACCAAGAGCAGUCGUACAGAUUCGGGCUACGAUGAACAACAGUACUGCUUCGAAGGAAUACCUGGUGUAUCGCGUUUUGCGGGAGGGCUUUUCUCUCGCGCGACUUGUUCGACACGGGGAUCGUCGGGAACGGACAAUCGUCGGAUGGGUGCAAUGCGGAAGAGGGUGAGGGCGAUGUGGUGGCCAGCAGGGGCUUGGCUGCGCGGUCCCCGGCAGCCGACACUGCUGCCUCUUCCGUAGUUUUAGCCCCAUACCUAACAAGACAUCAGUGGCAGUGGUGACAGACUUAAUGGCGGCAGCCGUUGAGGGCGGCUCUUGCAGCCCUCAACGCGCGGCUGUUUACGGAUCGGGACGCGUUGCACACACGGAGCCUUGGGUGUGGUGGCAACAAUUGCUUUGCUGCAUUGCGCACAGGGAGCCGGAAGGGUGGCUGUGUGCGGCGGUGUAGGUACGAGCGGGUAGCCAGGCGAGCCUACAGGCAUGCAUUUGAAGUCCUGGUGUCUUCUUUAAGUGGGUAUGGGCGUGUGUUCUGAGUACACCAUCGUGUGUUUACUACCGUGUUGUUGAUGUGUGAUUGUUCUACCUUGUUCGCGAGUGCAUCGGGAGAGUCGGUGAACACGGUGCGCACCACGCGCGCACACAAUAGACAUGCCGUGAGCGUAUUUUGCAUGCGCCCAACAAAGCGUUCCCAGGCAAUUUGGACUUGCGCGUGGCAUGCAAUGACUGUCCGGAGUUUGGUGGGACGCUGAGGUAUCAGUCAUGUGGUGCGGGAGAAGGGCGAAGGAUUUGGCUUUUGUCUCGGUCACAGCAGUUUUGGGCUCGCGCAGAACAAUUGUCGGCAUGGAACGGGGCGCAGUGCAAUACCCGGCUGCGACAUGGGAGCAGUGUGACGAGUGUGGGCGAAUGGGCCGGGUGGGGAUGGGAGCGCCGGGCGGCGGCGGUGCCACGUGCGGCCUGAGGCUUGCCGGUGCGGAAGGGAGUGGGCGGAAGAGAGAGGGCGAACACCGCCUAUUAUUUUGAGGGAUCUCGCAGCUGGAUAGGCGCGAGGGUAUGUGCGAGGACGUCAGGCGGUGCGGCGCUCCUGGCGAAGGCGCGGGCGCCUUGGCUGGUGGCGAGAGGCACACACGACAAGUGGGAGCGGGUUUGUUUACGCUGUACAUGGCGCGUCGAGUUACGACGACGAGGGGAAUAGGAGGUGCCCCCGGCGCCGGCGCGAGCUAUGGCGCGCCUGGCGGAAUGAGACUUGGAGAGACUUGGUACCGCAGGGCAUGCAGUAGCAGUUCACGACUUCUUUUGAGUGUGUGUUUGAAAUUGAUCGUGGGCCGCAGCGCAGAAGGGGCAGCGGCACUAAAUGGGUUCUGAGGCGCACGCAACGAGACACGCGCGAGGGGGGUAGGGCAUCCACCGCAAGCGGGAGUGGGGGCCGUCCGCGUGUGGAGUAGGUGGUGCGCAGAGAUAUUGCUUUCAAUUCAACGCAGUCGGAACUCCAGCGCCUUGGGUGCGUCCGGGGAGUCUGGCACUGUACACAAAGUCAAGUCAUAUCUUUUCUAGCAUUGUGAGCGGUGUGGGAGGAGGGGCGUGAAUUUGUUGUUCGCUAGUGACAUGGAGUGACUAUUGCGUGAGUACCGUAGCUCAUAUAUAUAUUUCGCCAUUGUUAGUUUGGAGUUCAUGCAGACGAGGGUGCCGCGGAAAUUACCUAGCUGAGACGGGACACGACAUUCGCGCGCUGGCACGGCGCGUGGAGGAGGUGCGACGUUGCAUGAGGCGGUGAUGUGUGGUGGACACAUCGCCAUGGGCGCGGUGCUUGUGUUGCAACCACUGAUGUGUGCCAACUUCCCCACUGAUGCCAAAUCCUCAUCCUGACCCAACACCAGUCGUCACGCAGCCUUGGCUGGCCAGUGCUUCAUUGUAAGCAUGCGAAUGG